GUGUUUUAUCAGCCCUACCUGUGUCUGUCCUCGGUGCUCUGUCAUGUCCUCGUAUUGUAAAACAGUCUGUAGGUUUCCUGUUUUACUUUGAAGGCUCGUGUUCUGGAUUUCCUGUUCUGUUCUGAAGGUCUGUGUCUGUUAUCGUGUUCCGCUUGUAUCCUCAGGUCGUCUUGUGUAUUAGAAUCAGCUGUGCUCCCACCUGUAUGUCAUUACCUGGUCUCCUUGUUUGUGUGUGUAUAUAUAGUGGGUGUCAGUCUGUGCCUGUCGUCGGCUCGUCUGUGUAUCUCUGUGUACUUCUGUGUUCAUCUGCGUCUCUCCGUAUUCUCCGUAUUCUCCGUUUCAUAUUACUUCAGAAUCCUGUUUGACCUGUUUGGAUGGACCCCCCUUCAUAUGAGGAGGCCAGUCGCCAACCUCCUGCUCUGCCCAUUGCAGCAUUUAACGCUCCCCCGCCUGCCUAUGACGCCUCUCUCUCAUCCCCACCGACACCUCCUCCUGCCUACAGGGAAGCAGUUACAGUUCAGCCAGAUCCUUUUCCUGUCCUGUCUGUGCCGACUGCCGUGUCCUCGCCUCCCCACCAAAGCGCUGGAGUCAUAGUCCAUCCCACUACUCAAAUUAAUCCGCAUGCUUCUCGUGCUCGCGCUGCUGCUUCUGCUCCAGCUGCUGCGUCCUCACGUUCCCGACAAGCUGGUGCUGCACCGCGGGGCAACAGCAGACAAACUCAGCCAAUAGCAGUAGUGAGCCAGCCGCAGCCUGUUCCCAUAGCUGUGGAAUAUCUGAGAGGUGCCCCUGGUUUGGUGCGCUGCCCACACUGCAGUCAUCUUGUAACCAGUAAGGUCACACAUGUACCUGGGACAGCUGCUUGGUGCUGGUGUGUCAUUCUUGCAAUGGCGGGGCUCAUCUGCGGCUUCUGUCUCAUUCCAUUAAUGGUACGGGGAAUGCAAGACACACAUCACUCCUGCCCACAGUGUGGAAACGCUCUGCACGUGCACAAAAGAUGACCCCGUGCUGAUUAAUUAACCUUACACAUCGAAGUGUGGACAAAUGAACUAAUGAACUUGUGAUGCUAGUGUGACAUCUAUGGCCCGGAGUCAUGUGGAGACUUUUGUUACAGAGGAACUCCAGCUCACCACACAUACUACCACAGCUGGUAGCUGUACUGAGACAUUUUUCUUUUUUUUCACACUUUAAGGCACACGAGCAGAAAAGCAUUUCUAAGAUGUAAAUGUGAAAAAGAAAUUACACAAAAACACUUUUCGCACUUUCUAAUUUUGCACAAAUGUAUUACAGUGUGAGGUCAUUUUGAUUAAAUGACACACCGCAAUAACACUUUACACUCCCCUAAAGGUACAGUUUGACGUGCAAGUGCAGGACAGUCCUUCUUCAUUGCAGACAAUGGGAUGCACCCAAGUUUAACACACAUUUGUCCAAAUUCUACCAUGAAAAGAGUUUUACAGCUCUGCACUAAAUUCUUUUAUCAUUUAUAAUUAAGCUUUCAUUGUUUUUUAAUCAAACUGACUGUGAUUUCUAUAUCUGAACACGAAAAAAACAAAAAUUUGAUGCUUUUCAGAUUUACUGAAGUUUUUAAAGUACCUUUAACUGCCUAACUGCACUAUUUUACUCUUAAGUGAUAGUUAGAAAAAAGGUUAUGUGGUUUAAAUUAUUAUAUUUAUUAUAUCUGUUAUUAUUUCAUGUGAGAAUGGUGACCUAACUCUGCUGCACUGCUUUCUAAGCAGCUGUAACCAGUCAGUGGGACUGACUCAUUCUCUGGUGUGGCUUUGGUCCAAAUGCCAGCCACGCCUGAUUGAAACCUGUUCCUGAACUGAUUUACAGGACUUCAAUUUACUUAGCAACAUGUAAAAGGUUUGUUUACACCAGCAAUGUUUACUCUCUGACAAGUAAAUGUUUAGCUUUACAAAUAUGUUAUGUGAUCAAAAGAAAAUCAUAAAUAAAUAGAAUUCCUUAAAGUGCCUUAAUGGGUGUGAUAUGUUGGAAAUCUAUCACAUAAAAAUGGUCCAAAGAAAGUACACCCUCUUCAAAUUCCAAGGUUUUUCUUAUUAGGAGAUGAUAAAAAAUGUUGAAAAAAUGUUGGUCUUUAGCAGGUCUUGAAGUUGAAGACUUGAUAGAUGAUAAAUCAAUGAGAUAUUAUUCUGUGUCUCAUUUAAUUGGCAAAAAAUAAGCCAAAAUGCAGAAGCAGUGUGUGAAAAACUAAGUAAAACCUUAGUGUUUCUACAGAAACUUGGAAGGUAAGCAGCAGGUGCUGCUAAUCACAUGCACUUGAUUAACUGAUCAUCGCACGUGAGCACCUCUAUAAAAGUAGAGGUUUCGGGUGUUUGCUGCUCUGAAGCAUUCAGGUGUGUGUUGGCACAAUGACAAACAGUGAUCUUAGAGACACCGUUUUUAUUUUCCAUCAAUCUGGAAAGGGUCGUGAGGUCAUUUACCAACAAUUUGAAGUCCUUCAUUUUACAGUGAGGUAGAAAACAUUCAAGCCAGCUGCUAGUCAUCCCGGAAUGGACAUCCCAGCAAAUUCACCCCAACAUACAGAAGAUCCAAUAAUCAGAGAAACUGCAAAACAUCCAAGAGCUGCAUCUCAGAUUCUACAGGCCUCGGUUAAAUGUUACACUUCAUGGGAGUACAAUUCGAAAAAGACUGAUCAAGUAUGACCUUUAAACCUGUGGAGUGGAGUGGAAUAAAAUUCCUCCACAAUGGAGAGAGGGACUUAUAAAGGGACACAGAAAGUGAUUACUUUUAAUAGGUUGCGGCUGCUAAAGUUGGUUCUAUAUGCUACUGAAUCAUGGGAUGUACUUGUUGUUGUUAAAACCUGAUAUGCAAAACCUUCGAGCUGACAGGUGUACUUUUUCCUUCCUUAUAGCAACUGUAUGUGUAACUUCUGUGUAGCAGUUUGUUUGAUUUCAGUAGUGAUUUUAUUUUUAAUCCCAUUACCUUUGACUCUGCACCAAUGUUAUAAUUUAAAAUGAGGCCUAUUAAAGAAUAAAGGAGGUGUGUAUUAGCAGCUACCCUUUUCAAUUUUGUUUUAGCACAGGUAUCUUAGCUGCACUGUAAAUGUGGAGUAGACAAACACAACUUGUAUAUCUUACCUGGCUUUGGCACGAUUGGAAAAGUUUUGCAGCUAGUUGGCUAUCAGUCACUUCACUGGAGACCAGCAAGUCUGACCAAGAAACAAUCCAGCACAGAGGGAGCUUCAUGUGAAUCUCUCAGAAUAUGAACAACAGGAAAACCUGUGUGGUGCUUACAUUUACUAACCAGCUGAAAUUAGCUACUCUUGCAGACGAAAUCAAACUCAAACUUCAAACUGGCUGCAGGUAAUGGGGGUAUUCAUCUAUUUUUUUAAGCACUCUUCUGGUAUUUUGCUGUUUAUAUCACCAGAUAAAACGUUCUUACUUACCUGAUUACGAUUAAACAGUCUUUAUAGAACAUAAUUUGCCAGCUUAAGUGAUCCUGGUACUGUUUCUAUUCUUUAAUGCUAAGCUAACCAUGUGACUGUAGCAAUUGUUGUACAGACAUUUUUCUUGUUAUCUAACCCUCUGUUAAGUCCAGUAUAAAAAAACAGUGUGAUAAAAUGAUAUGACAGUGUGGGUUCAGGAAUGUAAAGGCUGUUAAAUAAAGUGAUAAAUGGGC